AUGGCGCAAGUUCUCAUCCACACCAGCUGGCCAUCAAAUAGGCUAUUUUUCUUCUGUGUGCUGAUGAUAACAAUUAUUUACUUGGCACAAAAAGCAUCUCCUCUCGAAUCAAGAUUGGAAACUAAUUGUCUUGAUUGUACUGAUAGUGCAAUCGGAGGUGGAAUUUGGUGUGCUAUGGAGAAUCGAUGUGUUUCAUCUGCCAGUGAAUGUUAUUCCUCUUUCUAUUCAAAAUUGAAUUCUAAUGAUGAUGGUAAUAGAUUGUCAUUAUCCGUGAUGAUGAAUCGGAUGAAAUCUUUUGUGAAUAUUCAUCCUCAAGAUGAGAAUGAACAAAUUUCCGUAUUGAAUACUAAUGAAAAUAGAGAAACAGAAGGAAUACAAGAUUGGAGUAACAUGUUUUGGUUUCUGAAGAAUUAUACCAUGAUGAAGGUUGUGAGUAAUGAUACAGAAGAAGUGGAUGAAGAAUUUGAUGAAGAAAAACAUGAACCAAUGGAAUGGAUAUCGAGAAUUCCACAACAUUGCAUGGAUGGAGUGAUUGACCAUCCAAGAAAGUGUCCAAGAUUUAAUGUUUCAAUUGCUAGAGAAUAUUCUCGUUCAACGAGAAAUUUAGUGGAACCUAUUCCAAUUCAACCACAAUUGAUUUUGGAUUCUGUAGAUUUAUCAAUUAAGAAUUCUAUAUAUGGAAAUACUAGUUAUCAGGCAUUUGUUGGUGCUUUCUUUCCAGAUCAACAAUUAUUUAAAAAGCAAGGAUAUUUCUUUUCUUAUGAAUUUCAUGUUCAAAGAAAAGGAAUAUUUAAGGUAAAGAAGGGAAAAAUUACAUUUACUGAUCUUUCAAUUGCUGCCUCGACUAAGGAGAAUCAUAGAUUGGGAUUUGGUGUGAUGGUGGUGAGUGGAUUGAAUGGAAGUCUGACAACUGUAAAUACCUCAAUUCAGUGUGGAUUUGUAACAUCUUCAAAACCAAUCUAUGUAGAAUCUGUUACCAUGUACUUUUUAUUGAAUCCUCAUGUAUUCGUAGCCCUUCCAAUAUUCCUUAUUGCUAUUUCAUUAGUUUAUAUUCAAGUGACUUGCUGCUCAAAGAAAUAUCACCUCAAUGAUGACAUUAUAGAGGCAGAUACGAUAGCUUUGGAUGAUGACUUACAAGAAGUACCAAAGAAGGAGAGUAGGACCUUUUUCACAUUGAAUUCGAAUAGAGAUAUGGAAGAUAAACCAUUACUGGGUAAAGCUGUCCAAUUUUUCAAAAAUUUAGCAAUUCACAUUGUUGAAUCAACAAUUUCCUUGUUUAGCACCUCUGACAGCGAAAUUGUAAGGAAAUGUGGAACAGAUGUCUAUUACUUUUUAUGGUUCCAAAAGUAUCUCAUUCUAUUUGUUACAGUUUGUGGAGCCAUCUCAAUGAUAAUACUUUUGCCAAUUUAUAUAUUGAGCAAACAGUACGAUUAUUCAUUUAGAGAUUUUUCAAUGACCACCAUUGCCUCUAUUAACGUAAAGACCAGUAUAUUGACAAUUUUAUUUUUCAUUAUGAAUGGUGUUAUUCCAGUAAUUGGAUUUGGUUUAUUGUGGAAGAUUAGAAGACUUGCCAGACACAUGAUUAAGGCAAACAACAAUUUUGGAAGCCUAUACACUGUGAUGAUUUCAAAUGUGGACAAGACUUUGAAAGAUAAGGAUAUUCUCUUACGUGAGUUGAGAGCCAUGUUUGGAGAUAACUCAAUUGUUGAUUGUCACAUUUGUUUUGAUUAUUCAAAGAUUAAUGCACUGGAAAAGGAUAUUGAAAUCUUGAAAACAAAAUUGAGUCUUUUAGACGAGAAUAGAAAUGUUACUAUUAAUUACAUCAAAUCCCUCCAUUCAAAACUUGUUAGAAACAUGUCUUUACAGGAGUAUUACACGAGUGAAAUUGAAAAAUCGGAAACCAAACUCUCUGAACUCAAGAAGGAAAAUGAAAUUUGUGGAACUGGUUUUGCCUUUGCAACAUUUUCAUCCCUUAAAAUGGCUCAACAAGUUUGUGAUGAAUAUGUUACUGACUUUAUGGGUUUUAUGGUCUCUAAAAAGUAUAUCCUAAACAAAUUUGCAAGAAUCAAGAGUUAUCUAACAAAUAGUCCAAGUGCUGUACCAUCUAUUAGAAAUAGCUACAACUUUAAACCAGCAUGUGAAGCUGUUGAUGUAAUGUAUGAUAAUUUGCAAUGUACUACCUCAGAGAGAACUCUUACCAAUAUUGUUUCCAAUGCUCUACUCACAUUCAUUUUGAUUAUUGCGUAUGCUAUUUUAAUUUUCAAUAGUUCAAUUCCUUGGUACUUUAAUCAAAAUAAGUCGGAAGUUUAUGAUUUUGCAGACGGUUCAAAAUACUCAACCAAUACUAUAUUCAAUUCACUUCUUGUGUUUUUUGAAUUGACUCCUGAAAUUAUUUCACUCAUCAACGAAUCUAUCAAACCAAUUGUUGAAAAACUUGUUGCUUGGGAAAAACCUAAAACUAGAAUGCAUGAAAGGAAAUCCAUUCUCAGAAGAACUACCUACUUUUUCAUUAUGAGUACUAUCAUUUUCCCAUAUGCUUGGACUUAUUACAAAUCUGUUUGGAGAAUAUUUAAAUCAUUGCCUCCAUUCAAUAAUGAGAUUUACUUUUUCAAUUUUAUUGGAAUUGAAUUGAUUAUUACCACUUUGGUAUUGGCAUGUACUUCAAAAGGUUUGGAUAUGAUUUUCACCUCAAUUUCAAUGCUGUAUGAUUAUUGGAGGACUGGAGAAUUACACAGACCUAAAUUUGAUUAUGAAGCUGAGUAUAGCAUCAAGAUUACAUUACUAAUAAUGUGCCUAUUUUAUGGAACUUGCAUGCCACUAGUUUAUAUUGCAGUAGUUUUAUACUUUAUAUUCACAUAUAUUGUUGAAAAGUAUUUAAUCAUGUAUUGGUAUGAAAGAUCAAUUGAAAGUGAUGGAAAGAUUCUCAAUACUGUUGCAGAAAAUAUUGGAUUUUGCUUUAUUCUUUCACCAUUCUACAUUAUUGUCCUAAUGCCAGUUCUACUGAGUAGAAAAAUGACCUAUUUGUUGGGUAUUCCAAUAGUAAUUCUAAUUAUUAUUGAGCUUUACUUUUUGAUUAGAAAAACAGCUAAUAAGGAAAGAGAUGCUAUCAUUAUCUCACUCAAGGAACGCUCAGAACAAUCACACAAGAAAGAGGACAUUGUUGAAGAAUUGGACACCACUCCAACCAAUAACACACCAACCAAUAUUCAAGACGCUUCAGAAUAUACACGUAAAAAUAUUGAGGAGGAUCAUGAUUUUAUCAAAUUGGAACAAAAUGAUUGGUUUGAGCAUUCACUCCAAGAUAAAAGAUAUCCACCAACCUUUGAUAAAUUACACGAAAUUCUCAACACUGAGGAAACGAGAAUUUUUGAAGAAGAUUUGAAUUUGGAUGUGAACAAAUUGUCGAGACAGUAUCGCCAUCCUUAUUUGAGAAAGUUACUGAGGUUUCAGUAG